CUGGACCAGCGAACUUACUGAUUUAUUGUGGCCGAUCAUGGACACCGUGAUUUGUUAAGAAUUUAGGCGUGCUUCUGGAUGCAGUCCGGCCUACCAGUCCGGUCGCACCGCGUAAGGCCUGACAAAUAGAGGAACAUCUCCGUACACAGGUGCAAGGGGACACACAACGUGGAGUCCAGGUAAGGGCACCCACAUUCAUAUAUAGAACAAUGCUACGGAAGCUCGGAAAAAACGCUCAGAAUGAUCGCUCAGGUUAAUCAAAUGCCAAUUCAAAGGGAGAAAUGGGAAUACACCGUACCAACCGCGUAACUCGUCGAGUGCUCUUUUUUUUAAUUUUUAUUUUGAUAUUCGCCAUCCUCGGGACCGGUUACUUCAGCUUCUUGGAAGCACUGCCACCUUGUCCGCCUAUAUAUGCACAAGCGAAAGCGCCCUGAGUGCUUCUUGUGUGUAUGUGCUCGCCUGGGCCUCUCUCUCUAUCUCUCACUGCUGUUGGUGCCUGGAGCUAUUAAAAAGAAAAACCAGAAUCAAGAAGCCUUCAGUCCCCACUUUUUUUUUUGCAGAGUUGCUGAUCUUUGAGAAUAUAGUUUCGGAGAUUUGAGAAGUAGAACCAGUUCUCCUUCCAAAGAGUACUGUCGUAUCCAAUGGAGAGCAAGGAUCUCCAUGUCCAUCUUUCAACGAGGCGAUGUUCCCCUGAAGAACUCCCAUCUCCUUCAAAGCGUGCCAUAUCCAAAACCAUGGCUUGUUUUGAAAGUUCUGAGUGCGGCAGUGGGUUGACUUGUCCAUCUCCGCUGGCUGCUGCUGUCACUUCCCAAGGCGACCCAAUGCCUGGCAAAGGAUCAGAAACUCCUAAAAUACGUAGCCAAGCCAAUGCGAACAAAUUACCUCCGCUGCAUUCGGUCAUUCGAGCAAAUCAGUGCCGUCAGUCAAAUUCGAUCUCUAUCAGCUUGCCUGCUUCUCCUUCUGGAGUAAGUAUCGGACAAGCUAUAAAAGUUGUGAUCGGGGAUAAAGCUGAAUCAGCUGCCAUUGAUGAAGAACCAAAUCAACCUUCUGACUCAAAUACUAGCAACUCAAGGCCAGCAAAACUGGGGAAGUUUCAUUCUCGGUCCAUACCAGCGGGAAGUUCAUACGGCAAGGCAGCUGCCGCGGGAAAAGUUAACGGUCCAUUCGAGGAUCAGCAAAGGAUGCCAAGAAGCUAUAGUUCGCGGGACAAACGCUUCGAUUCUUUCAAGACAUGGUCUGGAAAACUCGAAAGGCAGCUAUCCAACUUACGUGGAAAGCCGCAGGAACCAGAUGUGGAGGCUAAUGAUUCAGAUAUUAAGGAAAUCGAGGCUGUGCCAGCGGUAGAACGCUACUUCGAUGCCUUAGAAGGGCCCGAAUUAGACACUUUAAGGGCAUCAGAGCUGUCAGCACUUCCUGAAGACGAGAAGUGGCCUUUUCUUCUUCGCUUCCCAAUAUCUGCCUUUGGUAUGUGCCUUGGUGUAAGCAGCCAAGCUAUCCUCUGGAAGACCUUGGCUACAUCUCCAUCCGUGAGUUUUCUACAUGUGAGCUUGACUGUGAAUCUCGUCCUUUGGUGUAUCUCGCUCGCACUGAUGGGCGCUGUGUCCCUCAUUUACUCUCUAAAAAUUAUCUUCUACUUUGAAACCGUUCGACGAGAGUACUACCAUCCAAUACGCAUCAACUUCUUCUUUGCUCCCUGGAUAGCAUGCCUUUUCUUGGCACUCGGUGUUCCCCCAUCCGUUGCAGCAAACCUUCAUGCUGCUCUCUGGUACGUCCUUAUGGCUCCAAUCUUUUGCCUUGAGAUCAAAAUUUAUGGCCAAUGGAUGUCCGGGGGCCAAAGAAGGCUCUCAAAGGUGGCAAAUCCAUCAAACCAUUUAGCGAUCGUGGGCAACUUUGUGGGCGCAUUGCUCGGCGCGACUAUGGGACUUAAAGAAGGACCUAUCUUCUUCUUUGCCGUUGGGUUAGCUCACUAUAUCGUACUAUUUGUAACUCUAUACCAGAGGCUUCCUACAAAUGAAGCUCUCCCAAGGGAUCUUCAUCCAGUAUUCUUCUUGUUCGUAGCCGCACCCAGUGUUGCUUGCAUGGCAUGGGCGCAGAUUUGUGGGGACUUUAAUUACGGGUCAAAGAUGGCUUACUUCAUUGCUUUGUUCCUCUAUGUCUCUCUCGCUGUGCGGAUUAAUUUUUUCCGAGGCUUCAGGUUCUCGCUAGCAUGGUGGGCAUAUACUUUCCCAAUGACUGGUGCUUCCAUCGCAACCAUUAAAUACUCCAUGGAUGUAACAAAUGUGUUUACUCAGAUACUUUCUGUCGGACUCUCCGCAAUCUCUACCUUCGCAGUAACAGCUUUGCUCGUCACCACCAUCAUUCAUGCUUUUGUCCUCCACGACUUGUUCCCAAAUGACGUCUCGAUUGCCAUCACCCAGAAGAGAUCGAAGUUUGCAAAGAAGCUGAGACUACUGAGAUUUGUGAGCUCAGACAUGAAAGACAUUGAAGCUUCUGUCUCAAGAAACACUCCACAAUCAUGAGCGUCGUGUCAUCUUUA